UAUUAUUAGUUUUGACACUUGAGGUUUUCAGGUUAACAGUUUAGCUUCCUUGUAUAGAAAAUAAAAAAACAACGACACGAAAGGAAAUUUAGAAAUAAAUUAAAUGUUCUCACUUAUUGGAAAUAUAUUAGUUAAAAAGAUCGAUAUUCGGCAGACCAAAUUUACUGUAAGUGUAAUGUCGAAAAAAUUUUCAAAAAAACCUUCGCAACAUUUACAAGAAAAAAAAGCAGACCUUCAAGUGGGACCAGUAUCUGUCGAUAAAGAUGGCAACGUGAUUUUAAGAAUUCAAGCAAAACCCGGGGCUAAGCGAAGUCAAAUAACAGAUUUUAAUGAAGAGGCUAUUAGCGUUGCGAUAUCGUCUCCUCCUGUUGAUGGACAAGCAAAUAUUGAACUAGUGAAAUAUUUAUCAUCUGUUCUCGAUGUGAAAAAAUCUUCUAUUACCCUUGACAAGGGUUGCCGAAGUCGUCAUAAAACUGUUAUUAUUAUUGGAAGUACCCCAUCAAUAAUUACAGAAAAAAUCAUGGAAGAAAUCAAAAAUUAUUCAUAACCGUUUUAAGUAUAUAAAAUUCAUAAGUGUUGAUUUCACAUUUGUUUUUAUGUGUACUAAUGUACUAAUAUUAAAUUAUCUACAUUAGAAUGUUGUUCUUUCUUACGUUACGUAGAGUCUACAGUUUAUCGGAGAUUUAAUUCAUGAUCUAAAUAGACGUUAUACUCACUAACAAUUACCCUUGAGAUUUUAAAGUCACAGUUGAAAUACGGUCGAUUAAUUAUGAUUUUUUCGGAUAUUACCGAUUAUAAAUUUAUCAAUGUUCUGAAUUUCGAUGGUGAAUAAUAAAUAAAUCUGUGCAAAAUUUCUUCUUUACGUUCCUCGGAAAUAUUUUGUGACUUAACAGUCAAUAUAUUAAGCUUCUGCAGACAAAAAAAGUAAAUCUGACGAGUAAUCACUGAUGUUCUUUACACAAUUGGAUUAAUCUUUGGUGUCAGAAAACCGUAUUGCAAAGACUAAUAGAUAAUCGUUUUACUGACAGUUCACCGUGAAUUUAGGACAUCGUUAUGGCACAUUAAAGUGAAAUCACCGCUUCUAAACAGUUAUUGAUAUUAAUAAUUGAGAAGAAUGGUCUUCGCUUAUUAGUCGACCUUAUUUUGCCUAGCAAUUUACCGUGAAUAGGAACAUAGAUAU